GCAGGAGCAGGCAAACGCAGACCCGAGCAGGUCUGCCUGAUCGCCGACUAAGCGACCUGUGAACAGUGAUUGAGAUCACAGACAUCUAACACGAUGUCUUCAUCUCUCACAUUCCAUUCUCACCUCUCUUACCAACACCGUCAGUAUCCCUAUCUCUAUUCCUAUCACCAUGUCGACCUCUACCGCCAUGUCGACCGUUCCCACCACCAAGGCGAACAAAGCAGUCAAGGUGAAGCAAGCAGCCAAGGUGAAGCGCAGCCGAACCACCAUGGAGUGCUUCACCUGGUACCCGGACAACUACAAGUUCGCCUUCCACAACCGGCUCAAGAUCACGGAGCUGGAGAAACUGCAGGCGGACGAGGAGAAGCAGGCCGUCUUCGUCUACGGCAUCCUCAAGCUGCCCAGCGCGGUGCGCGCCUACCUCGGCAAACAUGACAGCAUGGAGAUCGCCCGCCGCAUGCAGCCGGCCAAGGCGAUCGGGUACCGCCUGUACGAGCGGGUCGCCUACGGCGAGCCGUACAUGGCGUACACGGGCAACAAUAGCGAUGUCGUCGAGGGCAUGCUGGUGUUCGCACUGGACUGGGAGGACAUCGAGGCGAUCUUCGGGCCCGACCAUGAGGGCGGCAACAUGGACUCCUGCUUCGUCGAGGUGGAGACCGUGAUUGUCGAGGAUGGUCCUGGCCUGGCCGAUGGCUGGGUGGAGGUGUCGCGCACUUUCUCGGUCCCUGCGCUCGUGUGGCUCGGUAGCACCGAAGGCAUGCGCUGGAAGGGCCUGCCGGUCUGGGCGGUCGAUACGUUCCUGCGCUCGGAGCUCUACGAUCAAUUCAGACGUCCCGGCGAGCUCGAGUCGGAAGAGACCAUCACCCUCUACUAAGUCUGGCUGGAUCCGUGAGACUGUCUACAUUCGAUGCGUGCUUCAUGGUCUGGGACCUACGCUUUUACUUCGGUCGGCGAGCUUUGUGACUA